AUGGAGGUUGAGGGAGCGGGAGAAGAAGAGGUGCAGGCGCGGGAGAAAAAAGAGGAUGCGCCGGCAAAGGAGCUCGACCUCCUCGGCGCGCUCGGGUUGGAGGUGCCGGAGGUGAAGGCCGUGGAGGCGGUGGCAUCGGGCAAGGGCAAGGAGAAGGCAACCAUGGUGGCGGAGGAGGAGAAGUCGCCGGCGGCUUCGGGAGGCGGCGAGAAGAAGCGCUCGUUCAAGUGCAACUACUGCCAGCGUAAGUUCUACACCUCGCAGGCGCUGGGCGGCCACCAGAACGCGCACAAGCGCGAGCGUUCCCUGGCCAAGCGCGGGGCCGCCGCUGCAGCGGCCGCGGCCGCCGCGGCGGGGCGCGGGCUGUACGGCGGCGCCGACCCCUUCAUGCCGCCGCACCACCUCCGCCUCCCGCACGCCUGGCCCUACUCCGCCGGCACCGGCAGGCCCUCGUCGUUCCUGGGGUUCGGCCGGGGCUCCGCCGCCGCGCCGUUCUACGGCGCGUACCACGGGUGGCCGGCCGGGCAUGCCCAGCCGUCCAUGGCGGGGCUCGCGCGCCACGACCGCCCCGCGUACCCUCCUCAUGGUUACGGCUACAGCACGUCGUCGUCGAGGGCCGCAGCCCCAGCUCCUACCGUCCUCGACUCCGGGAUGCCUGGGCUCCGGUGGGUCGGCGGCGAAGCGCAAGAAGAGGGGCAGCAGGAGGAGGAGGCGCAGAGUUGCAAGAUAGACCUGAACCUCAGGCUCUAG